AUGACCUUCGUCUCGAAUGAUCCCAUUUGGUGGCCUUUCAUUGCUUCGUCUCGUACUUACAGCUAUGUUCAAGUUGCUGCCCUUGUUGCGGUUUUAUAUGAUUGGGUGCUGAUGUUUGGACAAGAGGUCGAACUGGUCUGGAGGAAACGCUGGUCCCUCAUGACUCUUAUCUAUCUCGGUGUGCGAUAUGCCGCAAUGCCAUAUAUUGUCUUCGGGAUACUGCGCAUCAUUGCGUACUUGGCAAUAAACUGGAUAUUUGUAGUCGUAAAUUCCAUGGCGGGUGUUAUCAUGAUCGUUCGGUUAUAUGCCAUGUAUCAGCGAUCGAGAAAGAUUCUUGUAUUUCUCAUUAUAAUCUUGCUGGCUAUCUCCAUCACCUGCGGAGUGUUUGCCGAGAGAGGGACUAGCCAAACUUCUGGGGAGGAGCUAAUACUUUCCGGCACCUAUAACUGCGGUUAUACAAUCACUGGGGAAAAUACUCAGAUUCCAUAUACCAUGGUACUGGCACUGUACACUGCAUGGCAAAUCUUUGCACUGUUUCUCACAGUCUGGAUCAUCGGAGGCUGGCUUGCGGUGUUGGUGCAACCUCAUGUAAUCUAUGCUGCUGUUUCUUGCUUGGUCCUUGGCUCUUUAUCUCCGAAGAUCUCAUCCUCAGCUUCCGAGGGCGCCCUGUUUUAUUAUUGUCUUGUGGAAAUUGCUACCAUUUUGCAGAUGUUUGUGUUGGGUCCACGCCUAGUUCUUGGCGUUCGAGAAUAUCACGCCAAACUGGUGGCCGAUUCCGAUGCAGGAACAAACAUAACUACAAUUGCUCUCCAACAGCGUGUACAUUUGUCAGCUGGCGGCAGUGUGUAG